AACUUUCUUCUUAACUGAUUACCGACUUUUUCCCGCCAUAUUUUUCACAGAAGAAUCGAAGAAACGAGUUGAAUCAAUGGAGUCGACUGUUGCAGAAGAAGUUUCAGAGAGCCCUAUGGCCCAAGAAGAAGUCAAGAACGAAGCGACCAUCAUCGCCGGCGACGAUGGCAACAUGGAGAACGGCAAGAACCCAGUAUUAGUCGCUGUAGUUGCCACUGCCGAGGUGGCUUCCAUCAUUUCUCCUGCGAAAACUGUCGAGUCGCCACAAGAGAUCAAGAAUAUGAAGAAUGAAAAGAAGAAGAAGCAGAAGAAGGAGGUCCAAGUUUCCAAUACCAAGAAACCCUUCAUCUUUUAUCUCAAUCGUGCUAAGAGGUACAUAAAUGAGUUCAAUGAAGUUGAGCUUUGCGGCUUAGGAAUGGCUAUUCCAACUGUUGUCACUAUAGCUGAGAUCCUCAAGCGAAAUGGAUUCGCAAUCCAAAAAGGGAUAAUGACAUCAACUGUACUCAGCACCCAGGAGGAUCGAAAGGGCCGUCAGAUUGAGAAAGCUAAGAUUGAGAUUGUGCUGGGAAAAGCUGAGAAAUUUGGUGCCAUGAAUGCAGUUGUAACCCCAACGAAAGCUGCUGAUUAGAAGGCAUAGAUAUUAAAGAAAAGCAGUAGCAUUGGGAAUUAACUACUUGUAUUGCAUCAUGGAUGAUCUUUCCAUGAAGUAGGAGAUAGUGGAACUACCUUUCUGUCUGUUUUUUUCUUCUUUUAUCAGUCUUUU